GCGGCGAAGCGCGUCUCGCCCGGAGAGCGGGUCCGGGGGGCGGUCGCGUGAGGAGACCCCCAGUGGGGUGAAGGGCUCCGAGAACCCUCGCGGGUGUGCCCAAAAGCUUCAAGUUGGAGUUGGGUGCGAAAAAGGAGAAUAACAAUGAGUAAACUCUUUAACCUCAGCCUCUUUCGUAUAACCGGGAGCUAGGGCUUCUCUUCUGGCUGCUGCUCAAGGGCAGGAUCAAAACGCGCUGGUGCAGAGCAUGGAGAAUGAUGAACUUCCGCCAGAGGAUGGGCUGGAUUGGAGUGGGGCUGUACUUGUUAGCAAGUGCUGCGGCUUUUUAUUAUGUCUUUGAAAUCAAUGAGACUUACAACAAACUAGCACUGGAGCACAUUCAGCAACACCCCAAGGAGCCACAGGAAGGAACCACAUGGACACACUCCUUAAAAGUACGACUGCUAUCCUUGCCGUUUUGGCUGUGGACGAUAAUAUUUUUAAUACCAUAUUUACAGAUGUUCUUGUUCCUCUAUUCCUGUACAAGAGCUGACCCCAAAACUGUUGGGUAUUGCAUCAUUCCUAUCUGCUUGGCUGUUAUUUGCAAUCGUCAUCAAACAUUUGUGAAGGCCUCUAAUCAGAUCAGUAGAUUACAACUGAUUGACACUUAGCUCAACUUCUAGUUUCUGUUGCUGCUCCGAUGCUGAUUCUGUUGCUUGAUCUAAUCACAAGACUGAAGUUCUGAGUGAAGGCUGGAAAGAGCCUUUUCUUUCAGACUGAUAAGCAAUGAAGAGAGUGACUGUUUUCUAUUUAAAACAAAUGAGUAACUACAAAGGUUUUUAAUUAUGGAUCUAUCAAGUGGUCAGUGGGAGAGCCCUGUGUGACACAAGAUGGAAGUAUUCCUCAUUUUGCCUUAACGAUGCAAAAUUGCAACUCUCCAUCUGAAAUGUCUUGUGGGGAGACAAGUUUCUGGUCCACAGCUUUGCUCCUCUGUGCAAAAAAGUGAUUUCCUACGUUUUCCCUUGGAGUGAAAUCAGUGAAAAGAUACUUCAUUUGUGGUAAAUGUAAAAGGAAAAAAGAAAUUAAGAUCGUGAUUAUAAAAGCUGCACUUAAAACAAUUCUUUGCUUUUUCUUUUUUUCUUUUAUUAUCUACAUCAGUGCUGUUUUUAAUGACUUUUUAAAAAAUUAGUUUGGAUAUAAAAACAGGAAGCAAAGAAUAAAGUUUGUGCAAACCUUUAAAGAUAAAAAGUACAUUUUUUCCUGUGGUAGCCUACUUGUUUUCAGUCAGCACAACAGUCCUACACUGUAGUAGGCAGGCAGCGAGGAGUGGCAUAGGCCUGGAGCUUGGUGCUUUAAACUGUUCCUACAUCAAAAGCAGCCUAUGCUGGCAUUGGCCUGUGGUCUGCAUAGAAAUUCUUUUGCAUUUCCUUCUGUUGUGUCACUUGAUAAAAUCACAAGCUAAUGAAGUUUAUGACCAUUCUAAUUUCACUCCAGAUAUCAUGCAAAACCAUAUUACAGGAGAACUGAUAUAUUAGAAAAACUUUGAAUUUGGGAAAGUUAACUGGUUGGGGUAUACUACGAACAGGUUGUAAGACAGAUAAUCAUGUUUCUUCCAGAAAUUCAAAGUAAGAUAUCUUCUUCUCAUUCUUGUAAUGAACGCAAAUUUCUUCAGUCAUACUGAAAUUCCACUGAGAUUUCUUUGCCAUAGUUUCAACCUCUAUUUUUCAGUGCUAUUUUGGAAAAGCAUAUUUUGAAUAAGACUGAAUCUGUUCUUUCUUCCUGCCUGUUUUUGUUUCUUCUGAGAAAAACUAAAUUUUUGUCCCAGCCGUGAUGGAAAUAACAAGUAUGAAAACAGUGCAAAAUAUACUUCUCAGAAGCAGUAGGCUCAACAGAAUUGUGAGCUAAACUCCUUGACUAUAACUUCAACUGUAUGUGAUUGUUCAUUCCUAAUCAUGACAAAUGCUAGUCCAUUUCUGACUGCAUUAAGGGAAUCCCGAAGAGUGUCAUCUUUCUCUUGCUUUGGGAAGAGAAUACUAUUUUCAGUGUUGCUAUGUUUAAGCAUAGCAUUUCUAACACCUUAAACUUUCUGUUUGCACUUGGAGGUACUUUUGAGACAAUGGUUUCAAUUGUCUGUUGAAUUGUCAGUGUUGGUGCUAGGACCUAAAAACAAUGUAGCCAUUGCAAGAAGGUUUUGAGUUCUAAGUGCAAUAUGAAAAGGAGGAAGCUGCCAUCUUAGUAUGCUGGAGUAAGAGUAAAUUAUAACCUCUGACGAGUAGUUAGUAUCUUGGGGAGUCAGAGCUUUUAAGUUGUGUUGUUUCUCAACUUUUAAAAUCACUAUGCUAUUUAUCUAAAAAAUAAAAACUUUUCAAUGUUUAUAAACACAA